CAUACUUUGCGAGAGUGCUCUUUUGUACCAUUGUCCUUCGUAACCGAAGCUCCAACACUCACAUCCCCUCAAAUAGCCCGAGAUCACACUAUACUCAUGAAACCCAGCAGAAGGCACAAGCUCCAUAGGAUUUCGAAAUGGAGACUGAUGGACUGAGAGCAUAUAUUGAUGAAGCGAUCCUGGGAAGAGGAAAGUAGAAGGGAACUGCUUGACGAGACCACCAUAAAACGAUAAAGUUCCCAAGUCUGAGGUUAGGUGACGUGGGUGAUGAGUUUUGCAUCACUGGCCACAUACAAUGCGUAAGUGCAGUUGGCUGCAUGUCGCUUGUGUUCUCGGAGGAUUUGGAGCCCUUACAAAUUCUCGACUUACAAGGCGUUGAUGUCCUCGGUCGCCAAGUUGUUCGCAUUGUAGGGAAGCACUUGCCUGCACCUGCAAUCGACGUUGAAAAAUUGAAGGUAUUCGUGCUACAUAAACUCCAUCACGAACUGAAGCCAGGCCCUUACGUCGUAGUUUAUUUCCACACAGCAGUGCAACGAAAUGAUAAUUCUCCAGGUUUGUGGGCUCUCAGAGAUUUAUACGAAAUUCUGCCAAAACAGUUGAAGCAUGGCCUGCAGGCUGUGUAUGUUGUUCAUCCAGGUCUGCGUUUCCGGCUGUUUCUCGGCACCUUGGGACGAUUUUUUCUCAGUGAAGGAUUCUACUCAAAGUUGGUGUACAUUAGUCGGCUUGAGUUUCUCACAGAACACGUCAGGGAAAGUCAAGUAGAGAUCCCAGAAUUUGUCAUCGAUCACGACCGGGAAUUGGAGACACGGCCAUUGAUGGACUACGGUGUAGAAGUUGAUCUAACGCAGAACAAUUCUAUGCCGGUGGGAGAAUAUCCUCGAAGCCCUUACAGGUAGAGAUGGAAUUGGACUAAAGCUCAGUAACAAGGGUAAACCCGGAGGCUCGGCAACCAAACAGCGGCAAGCGGAUCAUCUCCUCAGAGUGAACACCUGCCAGUUGCAUACUCUAAAUUAAGCUGAUUGUAUAAAAGGGUUGAAGCUAAUCUCAAGAUGAACCUCAUUCAUUCCAAGGGAUGGAUCUGCUGAUAAUGUUUUUGGAGCCGAUCUAGCCGUGCUUUCAUAGGGACGCUGCAUGGAAUUGAAUUAGAGAACUAAGGGAGGUAAAUGGAUUUAACUGAUAAUUAGGAGCUGGAGUUCAACCAAUCCAUGUAAGUCCUGUGCCAUUAGAUUUCCAUAGGACUUCAGUACUCUUGUUGACUAAAUGCACCUAUGUAAAAUAGGUUAUAUUUUUUAACUA